AUCGAGUGGCGAAGGGGUUGGGUUGUCUUUUACAUUUUUGUUUUUGUGGUGCUCGUAUUAGGCUGAGGGUUUCGAACAAAAACACACACAACACACACAGACCAGAGAGAGAAGAAAGAGAGACGAGAUAUAGAGAGCCCUGAAAGCUCAAGAUAAUACUGGAGAUACAACUCUCUGAGCUUAAUACAAAAGCCCCAAUCGUCGAUUAUCUUCUUCUUCCUUUACCUACUCUCUUCUUUUAAGCUCUGCUAAUUUCAGCCGAUGGAUCCCUUCGAUUUGAUACGAAAAGGGUUUGGUUGAAGCUUAAUGAAAAACAAGUUCUUCUUUCAUUCAAAGCUGGUCUAGUUAUUUCCAUCUUAGUAAAUAAUGAGCUUGUCCAAGAAAGGAACCUUUACUAAUGACACAAAACUAAGCACUGCAAACAAGGCAACUGCCUUGAAUCCAAAUGCAGCAGAGUUCGUUCCUUUUUCCCUCAGAUCUCCGUCAUCUGGAAGCACCAGCACAGGUCAGACCGCAACAAAGUUUUCUUCCACUGGAACAUUUGGAAAAGCAGUACUAGAUCGAACAGAGUCUUCUGCAUCAAAUAAUUCCGAUGAAGAGGCCCACCAAUAUUGGCGUCACCAGCUCCCUGAUGAUAUUACUCCUGACUUUAAGGUAAUGGGAGAAGUUGAGUCACAAGGCCUUGGGAAUCUCUCUUUGGCGGGUUUGUCCUUCCAUGAUGAUGGUGAAGCAACACAGUUUCCUGCCUCUACAGGCAGUGGAUACUUAUUAAACGAGUCACAUAUUAAUGGUAAUAACUUUUCUGAAAAGUUAAGAGCUUCUGCACCCCCCUUUGGGGAUGAUCUUUCCUCCGCCAGUUUCUUGCAUAUGUCACCUAAGCCUUGGGAUAAGCAAAUUGUGAACAGUAAUCAGCUUAUUAGCAAUGGUCAGGAGGGGUCUCCAUAUGAUGGAUUUUCUAGACAGGGGUUCAUGAAUGAUAUGUUCAGUGAGCAUGCAGUUGUCGACGAUACUGAUAUUAACCCAGCUGAGUUUUUGGCUUCACAGUUCCCUGGAUUUUCUGCUCAGAGCCUUGCCGAAGUUUACUUUGCCAAUGGUUGUGACUUAAACCUGACUAUUGAGAUGUUGACUCAGUUGGAGCUUCAAGUUGAUGGUGGUUUUAAUGAGAAUCUGAAUUCAAAGACUGUGUCAGCUCCCGAUCUUAGUUCAAUGGACUUCCCUGCACUUACACCAACAGAUGGUCAGCAUAGUCAUCCAAAAUAUGGAGAUGAUGAUCUCCAGCAAAGUGGCAAUCCUUAUCGAUCUUCUGACAAGGACAACAUGCUUUUUUUCAAGUCUAGCUCAUCCAUUCCAUCUAGAGGUGCAAUAGAUUUUGCUUCAGCUGUCAGGAAAUUGGCAGCGCAGGAUUCUGGUGGAUGGAAGUUUGAGAGAAAUGGUUCUCCCGAAGCCGCUAUUGGCUCAAGCAGACGUUCCCAUCUUUUGCCUAGCACUUACAAUACUGGGCAUGGAAGAGGCAUCUACAGUGACAGGUCGCAGAAUCGUGGUUCAGCUCGGACUGCUCCUGUUUGGCUUGAAACUGGAGAUGCUGUUGCAAAUAUGUAUUCUGAUGUGCGGGAUGAAGCUCGUGACCAUGCACGCCUACGUAAUGCAUAUUUUGAGCAGGCACGGCAAGCAUACCUUAUUGGAAACAAGGCUCUGGCGAAGGAGCUGAGCGUUAAAGGACAGCUGCACAACAUGCAUAUGAAGGAAGCUCAUGGAAAAGCUCAAGAAUCUAUAUAUCGUCAGAGGAACCCAGUUGCUCCAGAGAUGCAGGGCAAUGGGAGAGCACAAGAGAGGAUGAUAGACCUGCACGGGCUGCACGUAAGUGAAGCCCUUCAUGUCCUGAAGCAUGAGCUGAGUGUGUUGAGGAGCACUGCCAGAGCAGGAGAGCCGGGUCUUCUGGUGUAUAUUUGUGUUGGAACCGGCCACCACACCAGGGGUUCUCGCACACCGGCAAGGCUCCCCGUUGCUGUACAGCGAUACCUUCUUGAAGAAGAAGGCCUUGACUACACUGAGCCACAGCCAGGGCUGCUUCGAAUUCUGUUAUACUGAGCCAGGAAGAUGGCAGUGUGAGGUAUAUGAGGUUUUUAACACAGCACAGUCCGUGAAGGCAUAGUCAUCAUAGCGAUUCUUGUACCUGUAUAUGGGAAGAAAUCAAGUUUAGUCCAAGUCUGAAAAAAGGAAAAAAGAAGAAGAGAAGUAUCGUGAAGUUAGAGGGAAAAACACCCAAAAGAGAAAAGGGAACAAGUGUAUCGUUAAGUUCGACCAGUUGACCGAGGGAUUACAUUUCAGUAGCCAAAAAUUAUCCUUCAUUAGAAGUUGUCUUGCAACUUUUUUUCUUUUCUUUUUUUGUUAAUUUUGUACCUUAAAUUUUAUUUCUUUCUAAAUUCCUUUUUUGAUUCUCAGAUGUAACUGAUAGAAUUGAAUUACAUGAUAGAACAAUUCACCUUGCCAAUUACACCCUGAGCCAAUCAGAUGUAA